AUGACAGCCGACAUCAAGAUUCCCUACAUCGAGACGCCACUGAUCAAGUCGGCCAACCUCUCGCGCAUAGCCGGGUGCAAUGUCUACCUCAAGCUCGAGAACCUGCAGCCGUCCGGGUCCUUCAAGUCGCGCGGCAUCGGGCACUUCAUGGUCCAGCAGCUCGCUACCCUCCGCGCCGCCGGGCCCUCCGCGCCCUCGCCGCACUUUUACUCCUCCUCCGGCGGCAACGCGGGCCUCGCCUGCGUGCACGCCGCGCGCACCCUCGGCUGCCGCGCCACCGUCGUGGUGCCGCUGUCCACCACGCCCUUCAUGGUCGACAAGCUGCGCGCCGCCGGCGCCGCCGACGUGGUCCGCGUCGGCGCGUCGUGGCAGGAGGCCGACGACCACCUGACUGGCACGCUGAUGCCCGCCGCCGCCGCCGCGGGCGACGGGGAGACUCCGGUGUACGUGCCGCCGUUUGACGCCCAGGGAAUCUGGGACGGCAACGCGGGCAUCGCGCGGGAGGCGGCCGCGCAGCUGGCCGCCUCCUCGCAACACUACCCGAACGACUCCUCCGGCGUGGUGGACGCCAUCGUGUGCAGCGUCGGCGGCGGCGGACUCUUCGCCGGCAUCAUGCAGGGCGUGGAGGGGCUCGGGGUGGACGGGAAGCGCACGCGCGUGGUGGCAGUGGAGACGGAGGGCGCGGACUCGCUGCACCGGGCGGUGCGGGCGGGCGAGCUGGUGACGCUGCCGGGCAUCACGAGCCUGGCGACGAGCCUGGGCGCGCGGCGCGUGUGCGCGCGGGCGCUCGAGUGCGCGCUCGCGGGCAACGUGGUGACUGCGGUCCUGCCGGACGCGGAGGCGAUCCGCGCCUGUCGCCGCUUCGCGGACGAGGAGCGUCUGGUGGUAGAGCUGGCGUGCGGCGUGUGCCCGGCGAUCAUAUACACCGGGAAGAUCAGGGAGCUGGUCCCCGGGCUGGACGAGAACUCCAACGUGGUCAUUGUGGUGUGCGGUGGUAGCAACAUGUCGUACGACAUCAUGGACAAGUACAUGGCGGGACUGGAAAAUGGCGCAUAG